UGCUGCUCAGACCAGAGUUAAUCAGAUGUUGUUGCUCCGUGACUGAACUAAGUUAUGAGCUGGACAUACCUGCUGCGAGCGUGGAAUACUCGCUGAAAUGCUGAAAAUGAAAUCGGCACCCUUCAAGGCCUGCACACUUAUCUGGGUGGACCCAGUUAAACAAUAAAACAACUUUUCUGUUGCCUAUGCAGUGCUCGGAAUUAACAAGCCGCACGACACUUCUUUAAGCAAUGGACGGGAAAGUUUGCGUUAGGUUCGCUACUGGUAAAAGCAAUGAAAGCAAGACCUCUUCGGACUCGGAUACCCUUUCGGAAGGCGAAAUGAAGCAUGUUUGUCCUGAUGCUACACAUGAUAAGGAUGUUAACAGUAGCUGUAGCGACUCUUGUUCAGACACUGAAUCGCAAGCCAGAACCGGGAAGGAAAGCGAAAAAAGAGAAAUGAGGAAGAGCUUGGGAAACGGGGGUUCUGGAAAUAAGGAAGAUCCCAUCGAAGAAGAAGAAGACGAAAUGUUGGAUCACAUCUUAUAUCCUCCCUCCAUCCCGGUACGCAAGUCCAGCAACCCUGAGGUGUCCUACGGCUCGGGAAAAGCUUUCAAAUUCAAACGGCAACUGAGCGAAGAUGGAAAACACCUGCGCAGGGGGAGUCUCGGAGGAGCCCUGACAGGGAAGUAUCUGCUACCCUACGUUUCUGCUCCGCAGGCAUGGCUGACUCCAGCAGAGACCUCCAAUUUGGUCCGCAUGCGUUCUCAGACUUUGGGCCAGUCAGCACCCUCUCUCACUGCCAGUUUGAAGGAACUGAGCCUUCCAAGAAGAGGAAGUUUCUGCAGGACGAAUAAUAGAAAAAGUCUGAUUGGAAGUGGCCAGUCUUCAGCUCUUCCCCGACCACAUUCACCACUGUCUGCACAUACAGGAACCAGUCCUCAAGACAGUCCAAGGAAUUUCUCUCCUAGUGCCUCAGCCCAUUUCUCCUUUGCUCGGAGUCAUGGCCACAGACCUGACAGGACUGAUGGGCGCCGCUGGUCUUUGGCAUCUCUUCCCUCUUCAGGUUAUGGGACCAACACCCCAAGCUCUACUGUUUCUUCAUCCUGUUCAUCACAGGAGAAACUGCACCAGCUGCCAUUUCAGCCUACGCCCGAUGAGCUGCACUUCCUUUCCAAGCAUUUCUGCACCGAGAGCAUCACCGGUGAUGACCGAAGGAGAGCCACACCAAUGCGUCCACGGUCCAGGAGCCUCAGUCCUGGACGAUCUCCAUCAUGCUGUGAUCAUGAAAUUAUUAUGAUGAAUCAUGUCUACAAAGAAAGGUUUCCUAAGGCGACUGCUCAAAUGGAAGAGAGAAUCCAGGAAAUUAUCCGAACCAACUCCCCAGACAGUGUGCUCCCCUUGGCAGAUGGAGUCCUCAGCUUUGCUCACCAUCAGAUCAUUGAGCUGGCACGAGACUGCCUGGAUAAAUCCCGCCAGGGACUCAUCACAUCUCGGUACUUCUGUGAGCUGCAGGAGAAACUGGAAAAGUUAUACCAAGAGUCACACGAGCGUUCGGAGAGUGGAGAGGUAACUUUUAUUAAAGAACUGGUUAAGAAGAUUCUAAUAGUUAUCGCCAGACCUGCUCGUCUUCUUGAGUGUUUGGAGUUUAACCCUGAGGAGUUUUACCACCUUCUGGAAGCAGCAGAAGGUCACGCCAAAGAAGGGCAAGGGAUCAAGACAGACAUCCCGCGCUACAUCAUCAGUCAGCUCGGCCUCACCAGGGACCCCCUGGAAGAAAUUGCACAGUUGGCCAGCUAUGACAGCGGAAUUGCAGAAACUCCUGAGACUGAUGAAUCUUUGAGUAGUGUUAGUGUACCACUAAAGUCUCGACGUAAGCCUUGUGAAACGGAUUUUGAAAUGAUCAAACUGAUUAGCAAUGGGGCUUAUGGUGCUGUUUAUUUGGUUCGUCACAAGGAGACAAAACAGCGAUUUGCAAUGAAGAAAAUUAAUAAGCAAAACCUAAUCCUGAGAAACCAGAUCCAGCAAGCCUUUGUAGAGAGAGACAUCUUGACAUUUGCAGAAAAUCCAUUUGUAGUGAGCAUGUACUGCUCCUUUGAGACCAAGCGACACCUUUGUAUGGUGAUGGAAUAUGUUGAAGGAGGUGACUGUGCCACUUUAUUAAAGAACAUGGGCCCUCUGCCGGUGGAUAUGGCCAGGAUGUAUUUUGCAGAGACAGUUCUGGCCCUUGAGUACCUCCAUAAUUAUGGAAUAGUCCACAGAGAUUUGAAGCCAGACAAUUUGCUAGUAACAUCCAUGGGACACAUCAAGCUCACAGACUUUGGACUGUCCAAGGUGGGAUUAAUGAACAUGACAACUAACCUGUAUGAGGGGCACAUUGAGAAAGACGCAAGAGAGUUUCUAGACAAACAGGUGUGUGGAACUCCAGAGUACAUAGCUCCAGAGGUUAUUCUGCGCCAGGGUUAUGGAAAACCAGUGGACUGGUGGGCCAUGGGAAUCAUCCUGUAUGAAUUUCUGGUUGGCUGUGUGCCCUUCUUUGGAGACACUCCCGAAGAACUGUUUGGACAAGUUAUUAGUGAUGAGAUAAACUGGCCUGAUGGGGAGGAAGCUCCUCCCCCUGAUGCCCAGGAACUCAUCACGCUGCUGCUCAGACAGAACCCCCUGGAGAGAAUGGGCACAGGUGGAGCCUAUGAAGUUAAGCAGCAUCAAUUUUUUUACAAUCUGGACUGGAACAGUCUCCUGAGACAGAAGGCUGAGUUCAUCCCACAGCUGGAGUCAGAAGAUGACACCAGCUAUUUUGAUACUCGAUCAGAAAGGUACCAUCAUUUGGAAACUGAGGAGGAGGAUGACACAAAUGAUGAAGACUUUAAUGUGGAGAUAAGGCAAUUCUCCUCCUGCUCUCACAGAUUCUCUAAAGUCUUCAGCAGCAUGGACUUGGUAUCCCGCAGCCAAGUAGAGGAGAAGGGAGAGCUGGGUGAGAAGACGAAGAGCGGAAGUCCUCUGACUGUGGACUCUCUCAGCUGGACGCCUGAGUUCAGUGAAAUGCCCUCUUUGUCUCAUUCCUCGGACGCCGAGAGCACCAGUCUCAGCCGGCGCUCGGGGCUGCUGCCGAAGUUUGCCAUCUCCGCCGAGAUGGAGGAGGGUGACGAGUCUGUGGCCCUUGGUGACACUCAGAAAGUAGCUUUCACCAUCGGUGAGCCGCCGCAGGAUGAGCCCGAAGCCACCACUCCUGCCAGCACCCUGAGUGGCUCCACUCUCUCUGUAGGCAGCUUCUCUGAACAUCUUGAUCAGAUCCAUACACGUGGAGAAGGUGUGGAAAGCCCAGAUAACGCUUCAAAGGCAUCGGGAGCUCUGGGUUCUCACUUGGCUCAUCAGUGUCCGGAAAGCACAGAGAAACAGAAAAUCCCCACCAAAGUCACCAAGUCUGUCUCCGCCAGCGCUCUCUCCCUUAUGAUCCCAGGAGAUGUUUUUGGUGUGUCCCCUCUUGGCAGCCCAAUGUCCCCUCAUUCCCUGUCCUCGGACCCUUCCUCAAGAGACUCGUCUCCUAGCCGGGAUUCGUCCCUCUGCGCAGUCAGUCCUCGGCAGCCUGUCGUCAUUCACAGCUCUGGCAAGAAGUUCGGCUUCACGCUGCGCGCCAUCCGAGUAUACGCCUGUGACAGUGACAUCUAUACAGUGUACCACAUGGUCUGGAAUGUGGAGGAUGGCGGCCCAGCCCACUUAGCUGGGCUGAAAGCUGGAGACCUCAUCACUCACGUGAAUGGGGAACCUGUGCACGGACUUGUUCAUACUGAAGUUGUGGAGCUGCUGUUAAAGAGUGGAAGCAAAGUAGCCAUCACAACAACUCCAUUUGAGAAUACCUCCAUCAAAACUGGCCCUGCACGGAGAAACAGUUACAGAAGCAAGAUGGUGCGUCGCAGCAAGAAACCCAAGAAGAAGGAGACUCAGGAAAGGAGACGUUCCCUUUUUCGACGCUUCGCCAUGCAGCCUUCACCUCUGCUGCACACCAGUCGGAGUUUCUCCUCACUGAACCGCUCGCUGUCUUCAGGAGAGAGUCUGCCCGGCUCCCCAACACACAGCCUGUCUCCCAGAUCUCCCACUACAGCCUUCCGCUCCACCCCAGACUUCAGUCAGUCAGGUGCUACCUCCUCCCAGAGCAGCUCACCCAGUUCAAGUGCUCCAAACUCUCCUGCUGGCUCCGGCCACAUCAGACCGAGCACUCUCCAUGGCCUGGGUCCAAAGCUGACUGGGCAGAGGUACAGGCAAGGGCGGCGAAAGUCCGCCGGCAGCAUUCCCCUUUCUCCGCUGGCCCGCACACCUUCCCCGACUCCUCAGCCUACUUCUCCUCAGCGAUCACCGUCCCCUCUGCUGGGGCACUCAGUUGGAAGCUCUAAGACGACACAAACCUUCCCAGGGAAGAUGCAUUCCCCCCCAACCAUUGUCAGACAUAUGGUGAGGCCCAAAAGUGCCGAGCCUCCAAGGUCCCCCCUGCUCAAGCGAGUACAGUCUGAGGAGAAACUCUCCCCUUCCUACAGCAGUGAUAAAAAGCACUUGUGCCCUCGCAAGCACAGCCUGGAGGUGACCCAGGAAGAGUCCCAGAAAGAACCCGUUCAGAAAGACCCCAGUUUGCAGAGUCUGGAGGAGACGGCAUGUGAGACUCCCACGGUGACACGCGUCCGGCCUGCAGAGCAAGGCUGUUUGAAGCGCCCAGCCACCCGCAAAAUCGGGAGGCAAGAAUCCAUUGAUGACCUGGACAAGGAAAAGCUGAAGGCGAAGGUGGUUAUGAAGAGACAAGACUGGGCGGACAGGCGUGAGUCCUUGCAGAAACAGGAUGCCCUGCAAGAAUCCAGUUUUGAACCUGAGCAUGUGUCCUCCACUUGUUCAGAUGAUAAGGACAAAUGCUUUUCUCAAAGAGCUAGUAGCAGAACAAUGGGCAGUCCCGAAGCAGUUAUGUGUGAACCUCACAUGGCAAGUAAUACACUGAAAGACACUCUGUAUAAGAAAUUGAACACAAGAGUGAGUGAAAAUAUUCCUGAAACACAAGGCUCAUACUGUGUUGUUUUGAGCAGGGGGGGUGAGUCUGUAUCCAUGCUUAAUGAGUGUAGUAGAUCCCCAUCAAGUUCAGUGCUUCAAGACUGGACCCCUUCAAAAGCAGAGAGACAAUACAGAGACCAUGUGGAGAUGUUAUCAAGACAAGCAAAGGAAAGCAACAAAUCUGAAAGAUUGGAUAUCAAGGCUCCUAAUAUCGAACUUGCCAGAAAGAAGCAGUCUUUUGAUGAAAGAGAGGACUGUAUCUGCCCUAUCCCUAAAAGCAGGAUAACUCCCACAGUUCAUGAGGGUCUUCAUCUCAGUGCAAGUAGAUCCAAAAGCUUGCAAUUAGACUCUUCUUCGGUUCUGGACCAUGUUAAAGGAGCAAUCGGAAGUGUCCACACAGCUCCUGUGAUUAACACUGAAUCAUUGGCUCCAAAAUUGAUGAGUGGGAGAGGUGAAAGUGCUGUGGAAAAGCUUCAGUUAAUCUCAUCUACUGAGGGCCCCAUCAGGAAGACUUCCUCUGAGUAUAAACUAGAGGGGCGGUUAGUCUCAUCUUUAAAACCACUAGAAGGCACACUGGACAUUGGAAUGCUCUCUGGGCCAAGGACAUCAAAAACUGAAACCUGUUUGUCUAAAAUGGCAGAAAACCAAAAUGGCAGCACUCUGGCGGCCUCAGUGGUGCCAAAGCAGGGCUGCAAUGAGAGGGAAUUGUCACAACAGAAGCCAAAGGUGGAGAAGCAGUUAGGAGUUUCAGUGUAUUCUGUGAGCCCUGAACCUUCAGUAACAAUGAACUGCAAAAGCCCUUUAAAAGAAGAAUCUAAAAUUGAAAAAGGAAGCAUCGAGCGUAAGAGGCAGUCUAAUAGCAGCAGAAGAACAAUUGAUCAAACAAGUGAGGUAGCCAGUUGUCCUCCAAAGAAAGAGACUUCUGAUAUAAGUCAAACACAUCCAAACAGAGACACCCAGAUUAACACAAAAGCAAACCAGAGAGGUGUACACGAUUUGAAUGCUUCUAGCCCUGUAGGGCAGUCUUGCCCUGGGAAAAGCCCUUCAGCAACAGAGGCUCAUAAUGAAGUGCAAGUUGAAAAAGUGGUAGAACUGAAGCCCCAGGAAAUACUUAAUUUUAAGACUGAAAACAUCAAAGAGGAUUCUAAACAGACCUCUGUUCCAACUACUUCUAAAUCAGGAAGUCCAAAAGGGCAGCUGUCUGCCAAGAGUGAGAUAUCCAAUACCUGCACGAAGCAUGAAACAUCUGUCCAGCAGCUAAGCACAAAUAAGCAAUGCAUUAAUACACAGACAGGUAUUAACAGUGAGGAGCCUACUAUAAAAGAUUUACCAACCACUAUGCUCAGUUCUAAGCUUUCUCCUGCAAGACAGGAAAAAAACAAUGAGAAACAGAGAUUUCUCUCAGAAGUGACAUCUGAAGUGACAGCACAGAGCCAAUCACAACACAAAUCUGUUAGAAGUAAUACAAAAACCCUAGUACCCCAAAGGACUUAUUUUAUUUCAGAUGUAGGCUCUACAGAUAGAACAAGUACUACACAUGCCUUACAGGAACAACAUAGUAAUUCCAAAGCUCAAAGCACCAACAAAAUCCAAACAAGCACAUCAAUUUUAAAAGAUGACACUGGUUCUGCUAGUUUGUCUGUUGUAAAAGAACCAAAAGUCUCUAAAGGUUCGGGGAAUAGGAAGGCUGAAGUCAAAGAGCAAAAUACGAAGUCAGAAGGAAAAUGCACUAAAUCUAAAGAGAGCUGCAAUAUCCCAUCAUGUAAUUCACUCAAAAUGGUGUCUGAUCAAAAGAAGGACACCUGUAGCAGUGUUAAUCAGGCAGAGGCCAAUGUGAUCUUGAGGCAAAACAAUCCACCAAAGACAAAGACAUGUAGUACUAAGAUGGGAGAGACUGGAGAAGAAAUGAAAGCUAAAACAAUAGAGUCAAGGACUCAGGUAAAGCACUGUGCAACUAAAGUGGUAGGACUUGAUAAUGAAAGUCCACUACAGAAAAGGCAAACACCCGACAUUAAAAAUAAGGAGCCUCUUUCUCAAGUGCAAACAAUAAAAUGUCAUUCUACAGCAGAUGCUCAAUCACGGUCUGGGACAGAUGCUGGAAGGCAGGCAAAUUUAAAGGAAAAAAGUUCCAAAACCAAGACGAGAGUUGAAACGUGUACUCCAAGCAGUGCCAGUAAAGCAGAGGGGGAGUCCAGGAUUUGUGAUGAAAAAAGUGCAGAAAAGUCAACAAUUAAGGAGGUGCUUGACACAAAACAGAAGGAGCCAAUGUCUUCAUUAAUCCCCAGUAAAAUGCCUCCUCAGAAAGAGUCAACAAAGCUGCCCUGCAGUGGUCAAACUGUUUUUCCAAAUGUGGCACCUCUGCAGAAGUCGGCAUCUGGGGAGAAAAAAAAAGAAGCACAGAUGCACAAUGAAGCACUUUCCGUCAAGGUUAACACAAUAGACGAUAAAUGUGUACAUAUGGACAAGGAAGGCGUUGUCAGAAGCCAUGCUGAUGGCCCUAAGUGGGAUUCUCAGAGACACACUGGAGAAAUGCGGGGAGCUGCCAGCACUGCAAAAUGUGAACUAAAGCAAGGGGCUUCUGACUCUAAAACAGGGUGUUCUGAUAAGGUUUUGACCCCUCAUAAAAAAGACACAGUUGAGCUUAGAGGAAAAGAACUGGCCCAAGAGCAGACACCUGAGUCAAAAAACAUUCGUAAAGACGCAUCAAAAAUGUCCUCUUCUUUACAAGAUGGUACAUCUUCAGAGAAGGACUAUGGUCGGCAGAAACAAUUUAAAGAACCAGCACGUGGCAGUGCACACAAAAAAUCUUAGUAAAAGAGAGAAGAAGAGAAAUAAGCCAGGUCAGCUGUCAUGUGUAUUUAUUCUUCUUUUUCCGUACUGUGCUGUACGAGAAAACAAAACAGGACUAGCAGUUUUUGUUGCACAGUAUCAUUUUAAUUGUAGUAGAAAAAAUUCACUCUUUCAACAUGCCUUCUUUAUUAAGAACCGGUGAAACUGUUACCAUAUAGUAUUUGUACAGCAUAACCAAUAUGCCAGAGUCUGCAUGAUAUCUGCGUGUGUGCGUGUGUGUGCAUAAGGAGAGUUUUCUGUAAAUAUACAAAACAAGACUAUUGAAUUUAAAACUGAAUGUAGAUCACAUAAUUUGCUGCUGAUUUUCUUCAUUUACCAAAUUUUUAUUUUUAAUGUUGGUUACUCAGUUCCUGAAAAAAAAAAGUACUCUGCUGAGUGGGGGGGGGGAGGUCAAAACUGUGUCAAAUUUGUAUUGCGAAAGAAAAUAUAUUUUAGUGAUGUCAGAAGUUUGCGUAAUUGGUUUGUUACCUGCAUUCUGAAGGGGCCUUUUUAAGGUUUAAAACAAUUGUGCCAAUGCUGAGUUGUUUUUUGAAUUGCACUCUUGAGCACUUGUCUGGGACCACCUGAAAUACAAACUACAGCAUUUGAGUUGUCGAAAUCCAUUUCAGUCCCGAUUAAUCACUUUAGGUUAUUUUCACUUGGAAAAACUUUCCUGGUAGUGAAAUUGCAGUGUUCUUAAACUUUUGAACCAUAAAGAGACUAAAUAUGUCAUUGUUUGCAAUCAUCGGUCAGGGAAUUAUACAAAUAAAAUAAAGAGAAUGUCACCAAACUGUUUUCAUUAAUUACUGUGUUUUUCUCUCGAAAAGAAAAUAGUUUUGCUUUUCGUAGUAGUAUAGCAGAAGGAAGCCACGGUUUACCGUCACUCACCUGGAACAAUUUAAUAUCGAAUCAUAUUAAUGUUCUUUUAGUUCAUUGAAACCUACUGUAUGUAGUGGAAGAGGCCUUAUGGUUUUGGGGUGUGGUACUUGCUUUCUUUUUAGCAAGUUUUGGUGAAAUUCACAUUCCUUUCACAUACAUCUCUUUUACAUUUCUAAAAGUUUAAUUUUUAUGCAAAAUAAUGUAAAUAAAACACUACUAAUUGUAUAAAACGGGGUUAAUGGGCUUACUUCAAGCUUGAAUGUUUUUUGUUUCUUUUUAUAUAUAUAUUGCUAGGUUUUAUGUUUGUACUGUAUAUUAAGGAACUAAUUAGUUCUGCCAUAUUCUUUCUGAUCCUUGGCCUUUUUAUUCCUUUGAAAAUGCUAUUGUAAGUUUCACUUCUGUUUGAAAACAACAUCAGAGUCAAGGAGAGCUACAGUAUAUGAAUUGGUCAAUUCUUAGCACUUUGUAGCUUUGACGUUUGAUUUUUACUUGUAUUGAAGCAGGACAUACUGUAAAACCAAUGUUCAGAUUAUUUUUACGUUUAUCUGAAAUAUUGUGGGAAACUAUUCAUUCACCUCCUUUAACAGCGCAACAAAUACACAGAUCUCCUAAAGACAGACACCUGGUUUAAAGUGAACUGAACAGAGCCUUUAGUGAUUCAUUUAAUAUACAAGUUGCUCAUUGUCAUGACAACUGAAAUGGAAGCUCAGAGGUUGCCGGGGCUGAUCAUAAUGGGGAAGAAGUGGAUAGCUGAGGGAGUCACACAUUUCCUAGUGUACAGGCUCAUGCUUUCAAAAAAUAAAACGCAAUGUUUUACAAGAAUGUGUUUUAGUUACACCAGUAGGGAAGGUAGGUGCAGUAAUAGAAAAAUAUUGGCCUGCUCUGUCUUUUCAAUGCGCCAAGCUCUAUGUCACUGCUUAGGAAAUGCUUGUGAUGUACAGUACACGAAGAAAUCUGAUUUAUGCUAAGAACUACUGUUUUUAAACAUCUGAAUUUAUUAAGCCAAAAUGUGAUUAAAGUAAAGUGAGUAAAUGUAGUUCACAGCAUGUAUUAAUUUCAAACUAGAUGAGAAGCAUUUCCUGCAAUUGCAAUAAAUGUUCCCAAUUUAAAGCUAUCUGGGUUGCAAAGAUAAGAGGGUGUGCCAGUUUAAGUUUACAACUAUUUAGAUGGAAAAAUAAGAGGAAGGAAAUAAUUAUUCAUUUUUGUUCUGGUUUAUGCUUUGUUGAUAUUCAUUUGGUUGUUUAAACAUCCCUUUAAAAAGAGAUUUCCUUCAAUAUUUUAUUGUAAUUAGAGGAGUAAAGAUUAAACACAUAUUUCCAGUAUAUUAGAUGCAUUAGUGAUUAUGCAGGUAUUAAUUGUACUUUGGUAGAGUAAAAAAUAAAGAAUAGUACAUAAAACUGGAAUGUAGCAUUUUAGAAAUGCACUCAAGAAAAAAAUAAUUAACUGAACAUUUCAGAGGGCAGGUGUGGUUGUAGUUUUCAUUAUACUUCAUUUUAGGACCAUCUUUACGUAAGACCCCUUGUAUCUUGAUCAUGGGUAAAAUGCACCUUAGUUGAAAAUAUAGUGAUAUUCAUUUAAUGAUAAAUUUCUGUCCUACUUCAAUUCUUUAACAAACAAUUAUGUAGAAACAAGAUACAAGUCCCGUAGGGUAUAUUUAUACUGUAUCUAUUUCUAUCUUCUGUUUUUCCGCUUGAAGGGAAAAAGGCAUUUUUAUUUAAUUGCUACAUCACAGAAAGGUAGCACAAUAAUGCUGAUUUAAAUGUCAUCAGAACAUUAGGAUGUCUCCUUUUGGUUCCCAUGCCGAUGUUUUGAAGAUUGUCCUGUUUAAAUUCUUAAAGCACAUUUUACAUUUGUUUACAGAUACAUCAUGGAUUUACAAUUUGUAUAUUGCAUUAUUACUUUGCCAAAUCUCUGUGCUGCAUUUGGUAAUUUCACAGAAAGUGUCGUGUGAUAGUGUAGUCUGUGAUUCAUUUUACCAGCCAGCUGUUAAGUAAAAGACUGUGUUGGUCUGUGUGGUAUCCAGUUCAAGUCUCUGUGUAAUGAUCCGUCAUGUUAUAAAUGUUCUUUUUCCGCUUUCUCAACGUGUUGACUAGUAUUAGAUGAGCCAGCUUAUAAAUGCUUUGUCUUUUACGAUCUGUGCAAUAAAAGUGUUUGCAUUUUGUAUUUUCCCCAAGGAAAUCUCUAUGGAUGUCAUAGAUGUUGUAUAUUAAACAAAUAUUUAUACUUCUAAAGUCGCAUAACACUAAAAAUAAAAAGCAUGAAGAAUUCA